GCUUUUGCGUACGUGAAUAUAGACAGUUGCAAUUUGUAAACGUUUUUUUUGUAUUAAACACGUUAAACACAAUAAAUAAAAAGUAAAAAAAUGGCAUCAAUACCAUUUAUUCCUAACGGUAAUUCUCUUAGAGAUACUUUGGAUAAUUCAUGUUUCAAUAUGGGAAAUUUAUAUUUUCCCAAUAUGUGUCACGUUUGUCGUUGUUUUGGUGAAAAUGUUUCUAACCUAAAAACAUGUGGUGCUUGCGGUAUGAUUUCAUAUUGUUCAAAAGAACAUCAAAUAAAAGAUUGGUCAAUGCACAAAGAAUUUUGCAAUGUUUUGUGUAUAAUUAAAAAAAAAUGGAAAAUUAAUGACAAUUUAUAUGAAUCAUUAAAAAAUAUUGCCGCAAAUAAUUCUUAUUACAAUUUAAAUAAUAUUGAAGAUAAAUUACAAUAUUAUCAUUCACUUGAAUAUUUAUCAAAAAAAUUAAAAGAAGAUGCAGUUUUUUUAUUAAAAAGAAAAUUAAAUAAACUUGAAUUAGAAAUAAUAUCAUAUCCAAGAGUUUGUGCAAUUUGUUAUGAAACAAAAUCUUCUUUACUUAUAAAUUGCAAAAAAUGUCCUCAAUUUAAUUUAUGCAAGGAACACAUUAAUGAUUAUUCAAAUCAUGAAAGUGAAUGUUUAAAAAUAAUUUCUUGUUUUAAUGCUGUUAAACAAGAAGAUAUUUCUCAAAUAUCAUUAUUAUUGGAUAAUAUAGUAAGAAAUAUGUUUACAACAACUUAUUUGCCUAAGGAAAAAAAAUUAUCAUCUUCAAUUCAACAAUUUAUUGAAACACGUUUAACAAUUCAUUUGUCUAAAUUAAAAAUUAAUGAAGCAAAAUUCACCAAUGAAAUGCGAUUAAUUUAUUUUUCACAUUCAGCCGAACGUUAUUCAAGAUCGCUUACAUUAUUGUUUGCCAUUGAAAAAUUGUCACUUAAUAAUUUAAAUUCAAUGACAAUACAUAUUGUUGGAGCGUCAUUGUUAGAAGAAGUGGAUGAUGAUUGGGAAAUGAUUUUCAAUUUUUUGCCAAAAUUACAAAAAUUGACAUUGAUAUUAAUUGGUUUAGAAUUAUUGUCACUUGAAGAGAAAAAAAAAAUUAAAUCAAUUUCUAAUACAUGCAAAAAUAGAAAAAAGAAAUUAAUCAUUGUAACAAAAAAUAUGGUUUACGAUCAAUAUUGUAGAGAUGAAAAUUAUUUGAAACCAAAUAUAAUUGCGUGUUUUAAUCCUGGUUUACACGCCUAUUCAACAUGGUUAAAAUCUAUUGAUUAUUUUAAUAAAGAACCAUGUCCUUUAUUGAUAACGGCAUUUAAUAAAAUUGAAGGAAUGUUUGAUAAAGAUAUGAUUGAUUCUAAAUAUCCAUUGGCAAAAUGUAUUUACAAUGAUUUUAAUCCAUUUACAAGUUUACUCUAUUUUAGAGAGAGCAUUUUUUUGCCUAUUUCAACUACAAAUCAAUUUAUGUUUCUUUAUCAAUCACUUGAUGGUGGAAAAAAAUGCAAUUGAUUUUAAUAUCGUCUUUAAAUUCAAAUUUGUAAUUCAAAAAUUGUCACAAGUGUUGUGAUAUUUGCAUAAAGAGAGGAGCAUUUAAAAAGCCUAUAUUCUUCAAAAUAAUUUUUUAAAAAUUAUUCUUUAUUCUCUUGAGAUGUUUUUUCGAUAUUAUUAGUUGGAAAAUGUUUAAACGUUUAUUAAUAUAUUGUCAAUACUGUUUAUUACUUUUAAUUUGACAAAAAUAUAAACAUGUAAUAUCAAUAAAAAUUUAUAUUUUUUUAUAAUACAUCACGAGCCAACAACAUUUUUAUAUAUGUUUCACGAUUUUUUAAAACUCCGUCAAACCGGAAGGAAAGCAUUAAUGUAUUAUUAUAAUGUGGGCCUUGAAAAUUUUUAUUUCUUCGACAAAUAUUUAACAUUUUAUCAAAGACAUAUUGAUAUGUGUAUAGAAAUAAAAUUUAAACAAAUAUUAA